GCCGCGCUGCUGCGGGGCCAGUCGGGACGGAGGAGACAAGAUGGCGUUGCGAGCGAUGCGGGGAAUCGUGAACGGGGCCGCGCCCGAGCUGCCAGUGCCCACCGGUGGGCCGAUGGCCGGAGCUCGGGAGCAGGCGCUGGCGGUGAGCCGGAACUACCUCUCCCAGCCUCGUCUCACCUACAAGACUGUCUCUGGAGUGAAUGGUCCGCUGGUAAUCUUAGAUCAUGUAAAGUUUCCCAGAUACGCUGAGAUUGUCCAUUUGACAUUACCGGAUGGCACAAAAAGAAGUGGGCAAGUUCUAGAAGUUAGUGGCUCCAAAGCAGUGGUUCAGGUAUUUGAAGGGACAUCUGGUAUAGAUGCCAAGAAAACAUCCUGUGAGUUUACUGGGGAUAUUCUCCGGACACCAGUGUCCGAGGACAUGCUUGGUCGUGUGUUCAACGGAUCAGGAAAACCCAUUGACCGAGGUCCUGUGGUGCUGGCUGAAGACUUCCUUGACAUCAUGGGUCAGCCGAUCAACCCUCAGUGUCGGAUCUACCCAGAGGAGAUGAUUCAAACGGGCAUUUCUGCCAUUGACGGCAUGAACAGUAUUGCUAGGGGUCAGAAAAUCCCCAUCUUUUCUGCUGCUGGGUUACCGCACAACGAGAUUGCAGCUCAGAUCUGUCGCCAGGCUGGCUUGGUAAAGAAAUCCAAAGAUGUAGUGGACUACAGUGAGGAAAAUUUUGCCAUUGUGUUUGCUGCUAUGGGGGUAAACAUGGAAACAGCCCGGUUCUUCAAAUCUGACUUUGAAGAAAAUGGUUCAAUGGACAAUGUCUGCCUUUUUUUGAACUUGGCUAAUGACCCAACCAUCGAGAGGAUCAUCACCCCCCGCCUGGCUCUGACCACAGCUGAGUUUCUAGCUUACCAGUGUGAGAAGCACGUCCUGGUCAUCCUGACAGACAUGAGCUCGUACGCUGAAGCGCUGCGAGAGGUUUCAGCAGCCAGGGAAGAGGUUCCUGGUCGGCGAGGCUUCCCAGGCUACAUGUACACUGAUUUAGCGACCAUCUAUGAACGUGCUGGCCGAGUGGAAGGUAGAAAUGGCUCCAUUACCCAAAUCCCUAUUCUCACCAUGCCCAACGAUGAUAUCACUCAUCCCAUCCCUGACUUGACUGGCUACAUUACUGAGGGCCAGAUCUAUGUGGACAGACAGCUUCACAACAGACAGAUUUACCCACCUAUUAAUGUGCUGCCGUCACUCUCUCGGUUGAUGAAGUCAGCUAUUGGGGAAGGCAUGACCAGAAAGGACCAUGCUGAUGUGUCUAACCAGCUGUAUGCAUGCUAUGCUAUCGGGAAGGAUGUGCAAGCCAUGAAAGCUGUGGUGGGAGAAGAAGCCCUGACCUCAGAUGACCUUCUUUACUUGGAAUUUCUGCAGAAGUUUGAGCGCAACUUCAUUACUCAGGGUCCCUAUGAAAACCGAACUGUCUAUGAGACUUUGGACAUUGGAUGGCAGUUGCUUCGAAUCUUCCCCAAAGAAAUGCUGAAGAGAAUCCCUCAGAGCACCCUGAGCGAAUUUUACCCUCGAGACUCUGCGAAGCACUAGCUGCUGCUGCUCGUGUGGCGUGACCCUCUUGUGAAGUACUGGUUCUGUUUCCUGGUUCCUUUUGCACUCCUCCAUCCCCACCUGUGUGUGGGAGCUUACCUGUUACCCUGUAAUUAAAAACAACGGCUAGGUAACUGUUGUGCCACUGUUGCAGCGUUUACACUGCUAACAGAGGGAAAGAUCUCUGCCUGGAAGACCUCGCCUUCAGUGCUUUCUAAAAGCAGCUGCGGGUGGGGUGAGGUUGGCUUAGUAAUGUCUGUGUUUGUACAUAGUGGAGAGCUAGUUGCUAAUAAUGUCGUGUUUGGGUCUCCCAAGCCUACCUCUCACCUCCCUUAAAAGCAUCACUGUUUUGAAGUUAAAAAUGCUUCAGUCUCAGAUUUAGGGGCAAGAUGGAGACGG